AUGGUCCACCGGCACAAGUUUGAUAUUCUGUGUUGCCGAGGAUGCUGGGCGGCAGCAGCAACAGCAGUUUAUCUCAUUGAUAGAAAUUCAACAUCCAAGGGGACGGCUUCCCGGUCCAAACUGCUGGACAAGCUUCAGGCCUAUUUACCAGCAUCAAUGAUGCUUCCCCCACGGCGUUUACAGACUCUCCUGCGGCAGGCGGUGGAGCUACAAAGGGAUCGGUGCCUAUAUCACAAUACCAAACUUGACAACAAUCUAGAUUCUCUGUCUCUACUUAUAGAUCAUGUUUGUAGUAGGAGGCAGUUUCCCUGUUACACUCAGCAGAUACUUACAGAGCAUUGUAAUGAGGUGUGGUUCUGUAAAUUCUCUAAUGAUGGCACUAAACUAGCAACAGGAUCAAAGGAUACCACAGUUAUCAUAUGGCAAGUUGAUCCGGAUACACACCUGUUAAAACUGCUUAAAACGUUAGAAGGACAUGUGUAUGGCGUCUCCUACAUAGCAUGGAGUCCAGAUGACAGCUACCUUGUUGUUUGUGGUCCAGAUGACUGCUCGGAGCUUUGGCUUUGGAAUGUACAGACGGGAGAAUUGAGAACAAAAAUGAGCCAAUCUCAUGAAGACAGUUUGACCAGUGUGGCCUGGAAUCCAGAUGGGAAACGGUUUGUGACAGGAGGUCAGCGUGGUCAGUUCUACCAGUGUGACCUGGACGGCAAUCUUCUGGACUCCUGGGAAGGAGUGCGAGUGCAAUGCCUGUGGUGCUUGAGUGACAGCAAGACUGUGUUGGCUUCGGACACGCACCAGAGAGUCCGGGGCUACAACUUUGAGGACCUGACAGAUAGAAACAUAGUACAAGAAGAUCAUCCUAUUAUGUCAUUUACUAUUUCAAAAAAUGGCCGAUUAGUUUUGUUAAAUGUAGCAACUCAGGGAGUUCAUUUGUGGGACUUGCAAGACAGAGUUUUAGUAAGGAAGUACAAAGGUGUUACCCAAGGGUUUUAUACAAUUCAUUCGUGCUUUGGAGGCCAUAAUGAAGACUUCAUCGCCAGCGGCAGUGAAGAUCAGAAGGUUUACAUCCGGCACAAACGUAGUGAACUGCCAAUUGCGGAGCUCACGGGGCACACGCGCACAGUAAAUUGUAUAGGUGUGAUAACAUACGCCUGUAAUCUCGACACUUUUGUGGCGGGAGCAGGGGUGGAAGGAGAAACAGAGCAUGAUCCAGACCACUAUGGAGGAAGACCGGAAGCCCUUUCAGACCUGGGCUUCCACCAAUGA